CAGCAUUUUGGCCAUCCACAUAAAGAUGGCUCCCAGUGCACUUGUACUUAUCACAGAUGGUAAUGAGGAGAUGGAAGCUGUCAUUUCCAUCGAUAUCCUUCGUCGUGCGGGGGUGGACGUUACAGUGGCUGGUCUGAAUGGACCAAAUACUGUGGAGUGUAGCAGACAUGUUAAAAUUGUUCCGGAUACAGGAUUAUCUGCUGUGAAGGAUAAGACCUUCGACGCAAUCCUUCUUCCUGGAGGCAUGGGUGGUGCCGAAGCUUUCUCGAAAUCUUCGACAGUGCAUGAACUCUUGAGCCAAUACUAUAGCCAACAAAAAGUUGUGGCGAUCAUUUGCGCUUCUCCUAUUGUGCUCAAAGCCGCUCAAGUUGCCAAAGGACGGAGUGUUACCGCUCAUCCGAGUGUGAAAGACCAGUUAGUCCAAGAUUACAACUAUAAAGAAGAGCGAGUGGUAGUCGACGGAAAUCUCAUCACAAGCCGAGGACCUGGGACAGCCUUCGAAUUUGCACUUGCCGUGGUAAAGAAACUGCAAGGCCCUGAGAAGUUGAAAGAGAUCGUACCUCCCAUGAUCUGCAAUGAUGAGAUUGUAAAAUCCGUUUGAUUUGCUGAUGGCAAUGGCAACAGCGGGUCGUCUUUCUUGAUAGUGAUGGUGAUAUAUUAUAUUGUGGAUGGAAUACGAUCUCCCUGAGGUUGGCAUAUGAAAGUAACGACUGUAGAGCCUGCGGAUACCCGUGGAACACGGAUGCUGGGAGAAAGGAUCGCCUCCUCUCAGUAUAGGUCCCUUUUCUCGUAUUGAACUAUGUACAAUGAUUCUAUGUAAUCGGCAGGACGGGGACAGGCGAGUCAGCCCACAACUGGGUACAGCUAACAAUGAAAGCGUAUCUGCAAACACCCAGCCAUCGCAUCGUCGGUCGAUAUCUUCCUAUUGUGUACGGCUAGCCAGCUUGCUUUUCAUCGUCCUGUUGUCUUUUGAC